GCAUUGACACAGGAAUGGUCUCGCUCAUGAGCAUGGCCUUGAACAUGUAUCCAAUGUCUGGUUACGUGUUCAUCAAGGAGGAGGGCUGGGUGCUUGGCGCAGUGUGCCUGUUCACGAUCAUCAUUGCGAUUUUCCUGAUGAACCUUCUGAUUGCACAGCUGAACCAAGCCUACCAG